CGCACGCCGUGCAUGAUGUUGUACCGAACCAAACCAUAAACAAACGCCAUUUUGGGCAGGAAUUUUACUGCCGAAUUCGCCGAUAGCCUCUGGAUUAGUCCGGUACCUCGGCGUGUUGUCUCCUCUGUGUUUUAUACAAUUAUCUUUUUAUUUGUUUCAGUUUUUUAAGUAAACCUGUUAAAAAGUUAUUUUUUAAGUAAAUUAGUUAACGUUCGUUACUCUUCAAUAAUGGCAAAUCCACAAUACUCUACUAAUCAGUAUGGUGGCGGAGGAGCUGGUGGUGGUGUAGCAGGAGGAUAUGGUGGAUAUCCAGCUUACGGUGCCCCUCCACCAGGUCCACCUAGUUACCAACAGCCGGGCGCUCCUCAAUCCCAGCAAACACCUCAACCACAAGGUUAUUCUGGUGGAGGUGGCGGUGGUGGUGGAUGGCCCCAACCUCCUCCUCCACCCACUGGAGGCCAAGGUAAUUAUAGGCCUUCGGUAGGACCUCCAGUAGCUGGGCAACCAGUUGGGGCUGGCAAUUAUGCUGCUUAUGAACAACCACCCCCAAAUUUCAGACAGCCUGGAGGACAACAAGGAUCGUUCAAUGGUUCUAGUGGUGGUAAUGGCUACGCAGGCCCACCAUCAGGCGGUUUUGGCGGCCCUGGUGGAUUUGGAGGUGGCAGACAGGAUCGUGGAGGUAGUAGCGGUUAUGACUCUGGCGGCAGGGGUGGUUUUAACAAAGGCGGAGCACCACCUAAUGAUCGCAGUGGAGAUUUUAUUGUACAAGAAGACACCAUAUUUGUUUCUGGCAUGUCUUCAAAUACAUCCGAGGCUGAAAUCGAACAACAUUUUGGUUCAAUUGGUAUCAUUAAAACUGACAAAAAAACAGGAAAACCCAAAAUCUGGAUGUAUAAUGACAAAGCCACUGGACGACCAAAAGGAGAAGCAACUGUAACCUAUGACGACGCACAUUCUGCGAAUAGUGCAAUUUCUUGGUUUAAUGGAAAAUCAUUUAAUGGAUCUACAAUUAGUGUUCAGCUUGCAACAAAAAGAGAUAAUUGGCAAGGAGGUCGUGGAGGAGGAGGAGGAGGAGGCGGCGGCGGCGGUGGUGGUGGUGGUCGCGGAGGCGGUGGUGGCCGAGGCCGUGGUGGCUAUGGAGGUGGUUUCCAUAAUAUGGACGACUCUCAAGGAGAUGAUGGUAGCGAUGGUGGUUAUGGUGGUUAUGGUGGUAGAGGUGGCGGCAGAGGCCGUGGUGGAAGUAGAGAUGACCGUGGACCUCCCCCAGAUCGUAGAAGGGAUGAUCGUAUGGGAGGUGGCGGUGGCGGUGGCCGUGGUGGUGGUCGAGGCGGUGGAAAUGAUUCUGGCGGUCGUGAUGGCGAUUGGAAAUGUACAAACCCUUCUUGUGCCAAUACCAACUUUUCAUGGAGACAAAACUGCAACAGAUGUAGUGAGCCAAGACCUGAAGGCUAUGGUGACAGCGGUGGCAGACGUGGUGGAGGCAUGGGAGGUGGCCGUGGAGGGCCCCCAAUGCGCGGUGGACGUGGAGGCGGCGGUAUGGGCGGAGGCCGAGGCGGUCCAGGAAUGGGUGGACGAGGUGGCCCUGGUGGCGGCGGUGGUAGAGGUUUUGGAGGCGGAAGAGGAGGACCUGGCGGUGGUCGUGGAGGUGGUGGCGGUGGUCGAGGUGGUGGACCAAUGAGAGAUGACAGAAGAGGAGACCGAAAUCGUCCUUACUAAUGGAAAACCUAUUUUUAGAGUUAAAUUUUUUUUUAUUUUAUACCUCCCUAUUUGACAAUAUAUGCUUUGUGUAUUUGUUGCUUUACGUAAAAUUAGACUAAGUAGAAUACAAUACAAAUUAAGUGGUAAAAGUUAUAUCAAUAAUUAUUCAUUUUUCAUAUUUGUAAAUAAAUAAUAACGUAUUCAUAAAAAACAUGAACAACUUUUCAGUAACCAUACUGUAAUAUUUUUUUUCUACUACUACACGUAAAUGCAAUUUUUGUUUUUCA